ACAGUGAUUAACAAUGUGUUGAGGCAUUCCGAAGAACUUGUUUUAUUUUUGUCCGUAUGAGUGCAAUAAACGUACAAAAUAAGUUUUUUUAGCUUCAUAUAUCUUACAUAAAUGAGUGCUUUAUCGAAUGUCAGCUGCGUUGGCACGAGAACGUUUGGGUCUAGUUAAUUCAGCAUUUAGUGUCCAUAUUACAACUGUGUUUUACUUGUUUCGUUUUCUGCAGCUCCAGACGCUUCCACGUGUAACCAUAUCGUAGGAGCAGCUCAACUAUUCCGGGUUUCUAGCGUUGUGUUAUAGUAUUAUAAAGAAUUUAAGACAUAUUAAACAUAAUGGAGAAACAUGAAGUCGGUACCCCCAAAUAUAUUGCCAACAAAAUAAAGGCGAAAGGCCUCCAGGAACUUCGUUGGUAUUGUCAGAUGUGCCAGAAGCAAUGCCAUGACGAGAAAGGUUUCAGGUGCCAUAUGACGUCAGAAUCACAUCAGCGACAACUUCUUCUAUUUGCUGAUAAUGCAGACAGAUACAUUAAUAAUUUCUCAAAAGAAUUUGAAAGCGGUUAUCUGGAACUACUAGAACGUCAGUUUGGUACAAAACGUGUUCGUGCAAAUCGUGUAUACCAGGACUAUAUCUCCGAGCGUGAUCAUUUGCAUAUGAAUUCUACGCAGUGGGAAACGUUGACAGACUUUGUGAAAUGGCUUGGAAGGAAGGGAAAGUGCAAGGUGGAUGAGGCUGAAGAAGGAUGGUAUGUCCAGUAUAUAGACCGUGACCCAGAAACAAUUGCCAUGCAAGAAGCUGUUUCCCGCAAGGAGAAGAUCGACAGAGACGACCAAGAGAUGAUGAUGGCCUUUAUUGGAAAGCAAAUUGAGAAGGGAAAAGAAUGUUCCAAGAAUGACACCCGUGUCUUCACGGAGUUUGUGCAGCCAAGUGAGGAACAGAAAGUUGUUGUAAAUUUGAAUGUAGAAUCAAAANGUGACAAAUAA